GACGUACAAGGACAGCCACGGCAAGCCACAUAUCUCCAGGCAGGAACGACACACAACAACGUCAAUCACCUACAGCCAGAUGUUGAAGUUGCUGAAUUCGGAAGCCCCAGUCCAGCGGGCAGGUACGAAGGGCAGGCGCUUCCCUACAACAAGCACUUGGGUGCUUCUUUGUUGUCGUCUUGUUCGUCAGGCCCGUCUUCUUACACUCAAAUCACCAUCCAUCAUCGUUACGAGUCACAUCAUCGUUAUAACACGGCAUAGCUUCCUUAUCCUUCACCAGCCUGAAUAUUCUCCUACUUCUUGUACCCCGAAUCAGAUAACCUGCCCAAGAUGUCGACUGGUCCCUUCAACCACGAAGAGACUGUUGAGUGGAUGAACCGCCCGAAUCAAUUUAUCAAAGACAAAGCUUGGAAAAACUCCACGAACGAUUCUUCUGCCAAUAAAUGGAGUCACAGUCUAUUGGGAUGCUUGACACCGCCGAAGCUAUGUUGCUUGUCAUUGUGCGUUCCAUGUGUCCCAUUUGGUCGAACGCAACAUCGGCUUCGCCACAAUGGUGACAUGGCAACAUACAACGUGUGCAAUUCAUCUUGCUGCCUCUUUUGUAUCACAAGAUGCUUCGGCGUCGAGUGGAUCAUGCAAACCAUGCAAUAUCAAGAUAUCCGCGAAACGCAUAACCUGAAGGGCUCUUUUGCCACAGACUGCUUGAAAUCUUUCUAUUGCCGAUGCUGCAGUAGCAUGCAGGCCGAGAAAGAAACGAAGGCGAGGAGUGGUGUCAGCAGUGGAGGCGUGGUCAGCCAACAGUAUCAAGGAGGCGAGGCUAUGGAGAUGGGCAAUAUGUCUUCGGCGAACAAACCACGGGACAAUCAAGCACCCGGCAGAGACCGGAGAACCGGGGCUGAUCAGAUGCCAUCCCAGGCACCGGCGGCAUGAUUUGAAGUCUGAAGAACUUGUGCUCUGGGUUUCUCAUAAGU